AUCAGUAUCAGUAUGGUAUUAGCUUUCCAAAGAAGACAUGUAUGUGGAACAACCAUUAAGAAAAAGGAGCUGGAAAAACAUCAAGCUACCCAUUCUGGACGUCAUUGGAUACGCUUGUGUGUGAUGUUGGUAAUCAAGUACAUCGCAGAAAAACCAUGUUGUGAUGGUAAGGCCUUCCAAUUAGUUUAAACCGACAUCACUGUGUCCUCACUGGAGAAGAAGCAAUAUUUUGUGCUGUUCGCAGACAUUUUUUAAUCUUGCAAGUGAUUGUUAAAAUUGCCUCUUUAUUAUUACCAAUAUGAAUUCUGAAAAGCCACAGAACACAGAACCAUUUCAUUGUGAUAUUGGGGCAACAACUUUCACACUAGAUCUCCAACUGACCAACAAUCAACCAGUCAACACUGGAGAGAAACCAUUAACUUGUGUCAUUUGUGGAGAGCGUUUUACUAAUCAGGGGGCUCUUACUGACCAUCACCUAAUUCACACUGAGGUGAAACCGGUUCUCUGUGACAUUUGUGGAAAAGGUUUCAUCAGUGAGCCUAGCCUGAUCACCCAUCAUCAGCAAGUCCACACUGGAGAGAAACCAUUUGUUUGUGACAUUUGUGGUAAAGCCUUCUCACAAAAACAUUGCUUGAACAUCCAUGACUGUAUCCAUACUGAAGAGAAAUCGUAUCCUUGUAAAAUAUGUGAACUCCACUUGAUCACUCAUCAGCAAGUCCACACUGGAGAGAAACCAUUUGCUUGUGACACUUGUGGAGAAGCCUUCAGACAAAAACUCCACCUGACUGACCGUCAACGUAUCCACACUAGAGAGAAACUUCUUGUGUUUGUUUGUGACGUUUGUAAAAAAGAAUUCUCUCUUAAAAGUUCGCUAAAUCGUCACCAGAAACUUCACACUGGAGAGAACCCAUUUGUUUGUGACAUUUGUGGAAAAGAUUUUUCUAGAAAAGGCAAUCUAAUUUGUCACCAGAGAGUACACACUGGAGAGAAACCAUUUGCUUGUGACAUUUGUGGAAAAGCAUUUUCUGAAAGAGAAGGUGUAAAUAGACACCGAAGAGUCCACACUGGAGAGAAACCGUUUGUUUGUGAUACUUGCGGAAAAGAUUUUUAUCUGAAUAUUCAUCUAACCUCUCACCAGAGAGUCCACACUGGAGAGAAACCAUUUGUUUGUGACAUUUGUGGAAAGGCAUUUGCUCAUAGAAGUGGUUUAGCAAGCCACCGCAGAGUACACACUGGAAAGAAACUAUUAAUUUGUGACACUUGUGGAAAAGCAUUUGUUGAAAGAAGAAGCCUAAGUAGACACCAAAAGGUCCACAAUGGAGAGAAACCAUUCAUUUGUGACAUUUGUGGAAAAGAUUUUUCUCAAAAAGUCAAUCUAGUUUGUCAUCGGAGAGUACACACUGGAGAGAAACCAUUUGCUUGUAAAAUUUGUGGAAAAGCAUUUUCUGAAAAAGGUAAAUUAAGUAUGCACCAAAGAGUCCACACUGGAGAGAAACCAUUCAAUUGUGACAUUUGUGGACGAUGCUUCGCUUGUAAGUGGUCUCUCUCUAACCAUAAAAAAACUCACAUCGAGGAGAAACCAUUCAUUUGUGACAUUUGUGGAAAAGACUUUUCUCUAAAAGUCGGUCUACUUUGUCACCAGAGAGUACACACCGGAGAGAAACCAUUCAAAUGUGCCAUUUGUGGACAAUGCUUCACUUUUAGUUGGUCUCUCUCUAAACAUAAAAAAACUCACAUAGAGGAGACAACUCACAACGAGGAGAAACCAAUUGUUUGUGAUUUUUGUAGAAAAGUCUUCAAAUCCCAAAAGAUAUUCGAAAAACACAAAUGUGUUCACCCUGUAGGGGAGCCAUUUGUUUGUGACGUAUUUUCAGAAGAGCAGUUAAAGUAUUCAGCAACAAUUCCACACUUAAAGGAAAGCAUUGUUUGAGAUAUUUGUGGAAAAAUAUUUUUCACACAAAAUUGAGCUGCCCAGCCAUCAGCGAGUCCACACUGGAGAGAACAAGUUUGGAUGUGACAUUUAUGGAUUUGGAAAAAAAAACAUUUUCGUCACCUUGGAGUCUUCAUGUGACUGAAAUUUGUGGAAGUGCAUUCUAUGGAAAAGAAGCUCUGAAUAAAUAUCAAAGAGUCAACACUGGUGGAAAAACAAUGUUUGUGUUUGUGAAAAAGUACUUUCUCAAAAAGUCAGUCUAAAAAAAGCUGUCAGUUGCAUGCUAAAGAGAAACCAUGGUUUGAGCAUGGAGGUAUACAUGUAGAAUGGUUUGAGGAAAGGCUUUCCACUGAAAUUAAAUUACGCUUUGAAAAACCAUCAGUUCUCAACCAAAUGGGAAGUAACUAUGAAAAAUGUUUGUUGCAACAAUGCUUUGGUUAUAUUGGGUGCGUUCGUUUAGCUUCGCCGGGUCGACCCCGGUGUGUGGCAUUUUCUUUUUCCA